AAUUUUCAGGCAAGCAAAUUGAAAAUACGUAAAUUUCUUCACCGUUCGGACUUUUUAAGCGUUUUUUUUUCUUUGGUCGGAAAGUUGAAAUAAUCGGCGUUAAAAGAGUUCCUCUUUGAAGCGACGACAAUCGCGUCGGAUUUGUGCGACAGACGUGCGGAAAAACGGUGCCACACACUCCGAAAACACAAUUCACAAAGCCAGGCCAAAAAGUGCGGAAUCUGCUGCUCCUCCUUCUCCGAUUUUGGAAAUCCCCGAGGCCAACUUGAAAAGCUGGAACGCCAAAGCAUAGCCCAGAAGAUGGCCACGGUCAACCUGAACGGGCAGUAUCGCGACGGUGGCGGCGGUGCAGCGUCCGGUUCCGGCGGUUCCUGUUCCUCCUCGUCGCAGUAUCCGAUCCAGGGCAAAAAGGACCAGUGGAUCAAGCUGAACGUUGGCGGCACCUGCUUCCUCACGACCAAGACGACACUCUCCCGGGACCCGAACUCGUUCCUGUCGCGGCUCAUCCAGGAGGACAGCGAUCUCAUCUCGGAUCGGGACGAGACGGGCGCGUACCUGAUCGACCGCGACCCGCGCUACUUUGCGCCGGUGCUAAACUACCUGCGCCACGGCAAGCUCGUGCUGGACGGAUUCUCCGAGGAGGGAAUCCUAGAGGAGGCUGAAUUCUACAACGUGACGCACCUGAUCGGGUUGCUCAAGGACAGCAUCGCGCGGCGGGAGCAACGACCGGCGGCGGACAAGAAGCGCGUGUACCGCGUCCUGCAGUGCCAGGAGAACGAACUCACACAGAUGGUUUCGACAAUGUCGGAUGGGUGGCGCUUCGAGCAAUUAAUUAACAUUGGCACGUCGUACAAUUACGGUGCGGAGGAGAACGCCGAGUUUCUGUGCGUGGUCUCGAAAGAGUGUGCCAACACGCUGAUUGGCCGCGAGAACGAGUCCAACGAUCGGGCCAAGGUUCUGCAGCAGAAGGGUUCCCGCAUGUAAAGGGGAUGAACACACACUAACUACUUAUUAUGAUUAAAAUUUAUUAACUACCGAGAUAGAUCGAUGAGAGAGGAGGGACAUUCGCGCAUAUUUUCGUUUCGUUCUUAAGGCUAUAGGAAAGCAGCGACGUUCAAAAAUUGUGUGUUUUCGAUAGAAAGUUCGGCACUUGGGGGAAAACCAUUUCUAACCGUUUCAUAUUUUGUUUGCGUGGUAACAAAAUGGUAAGAAAAAACAAGAAAAAAGAAAUCGUUUACCCACCGAGCACUUGACAAAGAGAAAGAAUUAUCAUUAUCCAACUCAUGUUGAAAACGAGACGAGAGAGGCUCCUCGAAUGGCGUGGAAAACUUUAAACCUAAAUCGGAAUCGAACGCCCGCGUAAUGAAAAAAGACCCCUGAUAACUGUUAGCAUGUAAAACAAACACUCCUCAACAUUUCAAUCGCCACGCUGUAACCCCCCCUUGAACAAGAUACGACCGGAAACAGUAUCAUAGAACCCCUCCCUCUUCCGUCUAACUUUAUAUAAUUCCGUUGUGUUCUUUGACGACAAACUUAACCGAGCGACUUUGCAGAAAAGUAGAACCCUUUUUUGUCUAACUGUAAUGGCUAAAAUAUGUAGCAGCAGCAGCAGAAGCACCCCGUGUGUGUAGAAUUUUGAAAACAAAAAAAUAAA